UAAGUACUUAACCAUUGAACAGUUUUCUCCGACAAUUUCUGUUACGUCUGUCGUGUUCGUGUGUCAGUGUGUGUGAAUAAAAUAAGAAAGAGCAGUAUUAAAAUCUGUUAAAAUAUAUAAUUAUUAAUUAAUAUAAAUAGCGAAGAUUUAAAGCUAAAACUCUUGGAGGUUAUCUUUAUAAAAUUCAACCAAGAUAACCUAGAUCUAGUCAGGUGAAAGAUAAACGUAGAGUUGAUAUUUGGUUAGAGUAACAGCUGUUACCAUUUGUGUGUGUUAAUUUACCAAAAUGACUGCCAUAUUUUGGUUUUUCGAGCUGGCAAAAUAACCAUUCCAUGUGUUUUUAUAUUCACCAAGGAAUUUUUUGGAAAUUUUGAAAAUACUGAGUAAUGUAGCCUGAGAAUAAUUAUUUUUUCAUUAAUUUAAUUAAUAAAAUAAUUUAUUUGAUAAAAUGGCAAAACGCUUGGGUCUUGGCCCUGAAAUUAGAGAGCUUAAAUUUGGAUCCUCUUUCAAUAAUAAUUCUGGCAGUAAUGGUGACAAAACAUCCUUCCACACUAUCAAAUAUGACUUCAAGCCAGCAAGUGUCGACGUCUCAAAGAUGGCAACAGUAGAAGUGGGUCCAAACAACAUGAUGACAGUAACAGUUCCUCACCUGGACGGUGCGGGACUCCCUCAUACAGUGUUCAAGGGCUCGCAGCGGCCCUACAGCAAGGAGUGUGUCCUGAUAUUCGACCGGAAGACCGGUGAAAUAACCCUAGAAAAAUUGUCCUCAAACAUCCAAGUAAAGAAGACCAGGGUAGACCACAGAGCCCAGUCUCUGUCGGCUGGCCCGACACUAAACUCGACGGCUUCCAAUUCGCUGAAUCGUCCCAACACUCCAAUAGAGUCCAAAUCAAAGCCUAGCAAUCAAAGUACCUCGACGAAUAAUCCGGCAAUGAACGCCGGUCACGGAAGGUCAAGUAGCAGGACCAAAGUUACCAGUGGCACCAAGAGAGAACCGCAUUUUCAGUAUCAUCCCAAGCCUGCAGCUAGUCCUUUACGUAAAUCUCCCUACCACGGAAAGAGUCCUUCUAACGGGCCAUCGUUUUCUAAUAAUAUAAGUUCCCCCGCAAGAGCCAUUAGUUCAAAUCACGGUGCAUUGCCAUCGCUGACCAGCCUUCCAGUGAUUGGUGGCUUAGACGACAGUGAUAAUCCUUCGGAUCCUGAAGACUUCCAAGUACCAGCACAACCUCCAAAGCCUGUAUCCGUUCCUACUACUGUAGUUACUCCGAAUCCGAUGGAGCUACCGAUCAACUUGGAUGAUCAAAUCGGCGUGCUCAGUGAUAGCAGCUCAAGCAGUGGAUCCAGUUCUGAUAGUUCUGAUAGUGAUUCAGAUAUGGAACCUGUUACCAGUCCUGUUCUUGCUAGUACAAAUGGACACACUAAUGGAACAAAAGGUAUUACAUCACCACCGUUAUCAACGACAAAUAUCCACGAUAAUUUAUUGAAGGAAGAUCUCCAACUGUCCGAAUCGGAAUCAGACAGCGAUUGAAGUAUAUAAAUAAAAAUAAAUCUAAUGCGAUAUUAGACCGUUUAAUUACCUAAAUAAAUAUAUUUUUAUUUACUUAUCAGGGGACUGCGACACGAAUUUUUAAAAUGCUUGUACAAUUAUUUCUUUUAUAUAUAAAUAUAUUAAUGUCCAGCAGGACUGUGUGUUGAUAAGGUAUUGGGGUGUUUAUAAUAAUAAUAAUAAUAAUAAUAAUAAUAAUAAUAAUAACAAUAAAUGAUUAAUAUAA